AUGUCCACGACCCUCCACCCGCCCAUCCCUUACCCCAGCCUGGACCAACAAUUCCUCCUCCUAGCCGGCGCGCGCAUCCGUCCCUCCCAAUACCACACGCUAGAUUUCCCACCUUCGUUCUUGGAUAUCUACGGUCGACCUACACUUACAUACUAUCCCUGGGCGCGUCUAUGGAACGAAGCGAGGGAAUCAGAUAGGAUAAUCGAGGGGGUGAUGAGUUCAGGGGAAGGGAUCGGGGGAGAUUUCAUGAGGUUUGCCGUGGGGAAGUGGGAUGGAGAGAGGUAUUUAGAGUGGUGUAAGUUGGUGGAUUGGGUUUUUGGGGAGUUGGGGGAUAAGGGAAAAGGGAAGAUAACAGGAAUAACGCUGCCAGUAGGAAGGUUAGAGAUGGAGGGGGCGUGGGUAAAGGUACUGGUGGGUAUGUACGAUGAGAUGAGAGGAGAUCGGGAUAUGCUGAGGGGAUAUGUGGGGAUGAGGGUUGGGAGGGGAGAGGGCAGGAUAUUGAUGUCGAGUAGGGAGGUACAGGAGGAGAUGAAAGAUGUGCUUAGGAGGGCGGUUGCUCAGAGAUUCAGUAAAAAAGUAGAGGAAUAUUGGGAGAGAAAGUGGAGGGUUUAUGGAUAUAGAUUUCCGGAUUUGGAUGUUAAGUGCGUAACCGAUCAUUCUAUCGAAGCGCCCUUUCAGAAAUCCCUCUUGAAACCGGAGGAUGUAAAUAAUAAUGACUAUGAUGAGACUGAUGAUGAGAGAAAUGAGAGAGAGAUAGAUGUUGAGGGGAAGGAGGGGAUGAGGGAGGGGAUGGAGGAGUUGAAGAAGGAGUUAGAGAUGGAGCCUAAAAAUAAAUAG